AUGUUUCACUUUAACCAAUCUCCAUGCAUUUUCGACCGUGAGCCAGCGGUCGAAGGGUUUUUGCCAUUUACGGUGGCGCCAGAUCAGAAGAGAAGAAGGGUUUGCUGCCAGCCUUUCUACAACAACGCGAUGAAACGUGACAGGAAAGGGAUAAGGUUUGACGUCACAGAAAACCAACAAGAGUAUGUGCUUUCGGUCUACAAGAACGUGGCCGAAGAUACAAUGUCUAAAGCCAUUUGCGACCAACUUCAAAAGCUUAGAAACGACCGUCCCCCAACCUACCACGUCGUAAGAGACUUCUUCGGCAACGAGUACUAUGUCCAAGACCAUGAGGACGACGAAGAUUUUAUGAGGCACGCUAUCGCCAACCUGGAUCUGUCGCCUAUUAAGCGCCAGGUCGCCAGGCAGGUUUUCAGAGACUACGAAAUAACAUUGAACCACAGAGGCGACGAGCUUGUUCUUAUGAGCAGAAAGGACGGGCUGUUCAAGGAAUUUUCGCUCGGAAUAGAAUUCGAGGAUGUAUCUGUCAAGGGCUUCGACAUGAUUAGCGAGAGCGUGGCCGUUCUCAAAAUCGGCAUCAAGAAGGCUCAGAAAGAAGUCCCUCAAAUGUACCAUAUUGAGUUUCAACCAUCCUCCAACGACACUCAACAACAAGAGAAGAUAGAACAGCAAGAGCAGCAAAAGCUAAUCGAGGCUGCGCAAGAAGAAGAGCUUGCAAAGAGGGAAGCUGCUGCCACUUUAAAGCAGCGCGAAAGAGCGCAGGCCGCUCACUAUGCUCAGAUCAAGAAACAGGAAGAGCUUGCAAGAAAGGAGAGAGCUGCUUUGAGAGAACGCGAAGAGCAGCGUGCGAUUGAAGCAGCAACUUUGAGAAAACGCGAGGAGCAACGCGAGAGGGAAGUGGCCGCUCUUAAGAAGCACGAAGAGGAAGAACGUGCGAGAGAGCAAGAAGCCGCGCAGCGCGAGGAAAAAAGACACGCUAUUUCCCAAAAGAAAGCAUUCUUGGUUGAGCAAAAGAGGAAGCGUCGCCAGCAAGAAAGACAAAGGCGCGCAAAGUCUCAGAAGAACGAAAAACAACCUGAGAAGAAGAACAUCUCUCCAAGUGACUCCCCUCAUAAUGUUGUGAUCAACAUCAACUUCCCAAACGCCGUUAGCGAGAAGACAUCAGAGAAAUCUCGCGGCCGCUCUCGCUCCCCUGUUGUUCUGGAGGAUGUUGACGACGAAGAGGAAUUUAGAUACCGCAGAUCACUUGACAAGUCUCCACGGGGAUCCUCAAUCAUCGACGACAUGUAA